CCUUACACUCAUCAUACAUGAUAGCUGCAUGCAUGGCUCUUAUAGACAAAUCAGAAACUACAUUAGCCAUGCACUUCGUCCUACGGUUGAGGAUUAACCUUAGGUUUGAUGGCAUAAAUAGUACUAAGGAACAAAAGGGACCAUGAUCUUAAAUGUGAGAUAACUCUAAUGUGAGCCAAUCACGAAGAGCUGUAAGUUGUGACGUAAGAUUGACAUCCCAUUUAAGUGCUACCGUGUCUUGUUCCUUGCUCCUGUACAUGUAUUUUCCACGAUAUUUACUAGUUUUCAAAAUUUGUCCGCCCUCUUCUAUGCGUGCCAUUUUCUCGUUUUCUAGACGAUCGGGAAAUUUGAAUUUCCUGUACAUACAGAAUAUGAUUGGACGACCACACACUCUUUCUAUGACUGACAUGCGAUAAAAGUGAAGCCCUAAUGGAAAUAUUCCAACCAUUUGAUGGGUUUUAAUAAUCCAAGACUUCAGCUGCUCUUACAACGAGCACCUUUACACAAUGGUUUACAUGGUCUUCUUCGCGUUGCCAGGACAACGGUUCGUUUCCUUUUCUUAAUUUCAACUCUUUUCCCCCUUUUUCAAAACAUCACAAUUAUAUUUAGAUUUUAUGUAGUGAUGUAAUAAUGUGCAUUUAAUAUAUUAGAUAUAUUUUCCACAGUUUGUGAGAUUUGGUGUAUAGGUGUAACUAAAUAUCAGCCCACGGUCCAUUCAUAUUGAAAUUAUGAAUGUAAAUAUUGUCAAGUUUGCUUGGAUUGUUGAUGCAGCACUGGCGGAGUGUCUUCUAUACCUAAAUAACAAGUCUAUCAAACGGCAUUUCCACUCACAGGAGAACGCCGUUUUGCAGCACAAGCUUCUCCUGACCUUAAAGGUCAAAAAAACAAAAUUAAAGAGAAAGAAGAAAAGAAAUCGCUGAGGAAAUCCCUUUCAAAAUGUCGGGGAAAGCAGUGAGUCAUACCAAUAUAAUGAUUAAUCUGAAUCGUGUUCUAUCGAAGUACGAGCUUCAAAUGAAGGGUAAUGAAGACGAUGACAGUGAAAUACCGAGGGCAGAAAGCGUUCAGAAAAUCUACCGGCUUGACCGCCAAGACCGUGAAGAUGUAGUACAAGACGCAUGUGAGGUUUACGAUUUAUCAGAGAAAGAAGAAUUCCUACAAAGAUGCACAAAUCUCGGUAUUCCGCCAUUUGCAAUGACGUAUUUUCUUGAUAACCUAUCGCGUGGUGUGACAGAUUUGGUGCUAAGGAACCUCGGGAUUGGCGCGCGCGGCGCCUCUGCUGUCACGGAAGUUUUGGCGGGAAACUCGAAUAUACGAAGCUUGGACAUGUCAUUGAAUAACAUUCAAGAUAAAGGAGCGUCUACCGUUGCUAUCCUUCUAGAAACAAACCGGUCCAUAACAAAUCUGGAUUUAUCUGAAAAUUUUAUCGGCAAAGAAGGAGUAGACUCCAUAUCGAACAUGUUGACUUACAACAGCGUACUAACGCAUCUUGAUUUAUCAAGGAACAAUCUGAGCUGUAAAGAUAUACAAUUUUUGUCAAAUGUGAUACAAACGGUCGACUCAAUCCGCGUCCUCGACUUACGGCACAACGCAUUCAGAUCAAAAGGAGGGAAAUAUCUCGGCGAUAUGUUGGGGAAAAAUACCUCGUUAAGUGAGCUUUAUGUUGGAUGGAAUUAUUUUGGUGACGAAGGAUUGAAAUUUUUAUGUUCGGGUCUCGAAAUGAACCGUUCGUUAGAGGUUUUGGACGUGUGUUGGAACAACAUUGGACACGAAGGAGCCGAGCAUAUUUCUGAAUUUCUUGAAAAUAAUGGUCGUCUUCUUGAGCUGAAUUUAGACAACAACCAUAUCACUGACAAAGGAUUGACAAGCAUCGCUAAAGGUCUGCAAGUGAAUGAGACACUCAGGGUUCUUCGUGUAGGAUUCAAUGUUAUUACUUCAAAGGGCGCGAAUGAAGUUCUAGAGAGCUUGGUAUCAAAUCCUGGGACGGUGGUUGAAAAAUUACACAUUGCCGAGGUAGAAGUGACAACGAAGUUUGAAAAACUCUUUUGGGAAUUGAAAAAAAGAAAUCCUAAAUUUAUUGUGCUUGAGAUGAACACCCCUGGUGGUGAGAUGUAUCAUUUCGAAGCACCUCCUAAUGCCAUGAAAGUGCUUGAUAGAUAUUUAGAGCAAAAUGGGUUGAAUAUUGAUGUAUCGGAAUUACAGUUGGACAAACCUUAAUACAUAUAGACCCCUUAUGUGACAGCAAAG